AGAUACUGCGCAUGCGCCUACCGGAUCAGAAUGUUGAGCAAAACGGACUAGAAGAGACGGACAGACAGCGACGAAUAUUUAUAGCCUGCGCUUCUUUACCUUAGUUUAGUUGGAAGGCGUAUUAAAACUCAGAGUACAACAGAAAGGACGAUGACGGAGCCCCAGUCAGCGCUGUUACUCAGGAGGCAGCUGGCAGAAUUGAAUAAAAAUCCAGUGGAAGGCUUCUCUGCAGGACUGAUAGACGAUAAUGACCUCUACAGAUGGGAAGUGCUAAUAAUCGGUCCUCCUGAUACACUCUAUGAAGGUGGAGUGUUCAAAGCCCAUCUCACAUUUCCCAAAGAUUAUCCUCUCAGGCCUCCAAAAAUGAAAUUCAUCACAGAAAUCUGGCACCCAAAUGUUGACAAGAACGGCGAUGUUUGUAUUUCUAUUUUGCACGAGCCGGGGGAAGACAAGUACGGCUACGAAAAGCCAGAGGAGCGCUGGCUUCCCAUUCAUACAGUGGAGACCAUCAUGAUUAGUGUCAUCUCUAUGCUAGCUGAUCCUAACGGAGACUCCCCGGCCAAUGUGGACGCAGCAAAAGAGUGGAGGGAAGACCGACAUGGUGAAUUCAAGAGAAAAGUUGCCCGUUGUGUACGAAAGAGCCAAGAGACAGCCUUUGACUGAUAUUCAUCCAGCAGCUUGUAGCAUCACUAAUUUCAGGGUAUCCAGUCGAGAAACAACAUGGCACUGUUUUCCUGCACUCUACCACCCUAUUGCCGGAUUCUUCUUGAUUGAGCGUUGGCAGACACAAGCUUGCAUCAAUAGGCUGCAAUAGAACAAUAACGGCUCGUACAGAUACGGACGGAACGUGCCAAGCAAUUGCCAACAUCCAAAAAAAAAAAAGAGAGAAAAACCAUAACAUAAGAUGAUUACACAUUUUUACGCAAGUUUAUGAACUGAUACAACAUUCAGGAAAGAAAUUGUAAAGACCUGUAAAUAGCACAGACAUAAAAACCGGAUAAUAUAUAAGACUCCUCGUAUCCAUCCAGCAAAACACUUAGUACCAAAUAAAUAGCGCUUUCCGUAGGUAGAAUUUGAGUCCUGUUUAAAAAAAAAACACAAAAAAACCCCACACACAAACAACCAGAAUGGUUCAUUUCCCCCUUUUCCUCCUCUCCAGCAGCUUCUCAUGUAGUACUCAUCCAUUUGUUUUACAGGUCAUUUCGAGGGAGAUGUGUAGCAAUCGCAAAGUCCCACCCCUCCUUGUAGAUUUUCAUCGUCUAUGAGCCUCACUUCGACGACCUAGAAACAAACAAGGGGUGUGUUCAUUAUCGGCAUGUAGUAUUCGAGGGAGGGUUCGAUGGGAGUUGGCGCUACUGAUGUUCAGCAUGUCAUGUCAUGGGUUGGACAUUCAUUUAGGGACACUUGAAGUAAAAUUUAAUAAAUGUAAAGUAUGAUUGUUUCAGAAAUCACUGAGCAAUUGGAUCGGUUUUAACUUUAGGGGUGGGGUGGGGGUGGGACCAGGGGUGUGUCCCUGCUUUAGCUGUAGAAGAUCUACUAAACAGACCUGCACCUGUGCUUGGUUCUGCGGUGAGUUUUCAGCGGUGGGGAAGCUGACGAGGAAACCCAUCAGAUGUGAUAACCUGCAUGUUUUUGCUCAUAGGUUUUAAUUUUUCCUUUUGUUUGUUUGUUUUUGUUUUGUUUUUGUUUUUUUUUCAAAAGUGCCUCCAAUUGAAAUUGCUUGGCUUGUUGCACCUCCUGCAUUGGAUCCGGAGCUAAAAACGGGAGAUAUCAAGAAUCUCCAUGCGCUCCUUCAGGCUCGUAUCGACGUGUGAUUUAUUAUUAUUUUUUUUCUUUUUCUUUUCUUUUUUAUUUUUAAUCCUUUGUACCAGCAGUAAUGGAUUAUUAAAGACAAUUUGGUGUAGCAAUAACGGCCCCUUUGCCCAGCUGUGUGUGUGUAGUGUGUCCUAUUUCCCCACCCCCCCGAUGUGUGAGGUUUCAAUAUUCGGAUAAAAUUUAGAAACAGGUAAACAUUUAUGCAUAAAUUUGAGAGAAUUCCUUGGCCAGGCUUUUGUUUUUGUUUUGUUUUGUUUUUUUUUUUGCGUUUUUUUUUGUGUGUUGUCUUUGCUAGGAUUCGGUAAGCAUGCUUUAAACUGUAGGUUUCUCACAAGCAGUUUCUUGGUUUUUGUUUAGAAGGGGUGUGUACGUAUAUGUGCACGUGUGUGUGUGAGAGAGAGCGCGCGUGUGUGUGUGUGUUUGAAUGUUCGAGUAAGAAUGUGUGUUUCACCAUCCCGCGACUCCCCACAAUCCUUUAUUCUCCGUUUAAUUUUAUUCUGGCUCUGACAGACUACUGCAGUUCUCUUGCCUAAUGUACAAAGACAAAAUACUGAUGUAUAUUUUUCAUGUUAUGGAAGUUGUCUCCUCUAGUGAAUUCUUCUAAAAUAUAAUUUUUUUUCCAAUA